AAAGAUUCUAAAAUUAUCAAAUUUAUGGUAACUGAUAAGUUCUGUUAUGCCUAUUUUGCAUUACUGAUAAAUACUAAAAUCCUAAGCAAUUUUUUUACAAUUUCCAGAGUCGAUGCUAAAAUAAAGAUGGCAGACGGGUUACUAGCGACUACUGGCAACGGAUUGAAAAUCUGGGAAACGGGAACAUUCACCUCAAUAUAUUCGUAUUCUCCUGAGGUCCCUGGGCUGGGUGUAAAUUGUGCCUCAUGGAGUACAGAUAAUACUGGACUAGCCAGUAUACUGAAGGACGAGGACAAGGUUUUGUUAACAUUUAAUCGGAACUCUAAAUACUCGUCUUGCGAGUUUAAAACGGAAGGAAUUCUCAAACCUUCAUAUGUACAGUUUCCGAGGGUUUCCCAGAGUCAUGUUUACUUGUCGUCUAAACACGAGAUCCAUUAUUUCGAGCUCGCCAAACAGAGAUCUAGGAAGAGUUUCACCCUGAGCAGUAAUGUGAGCUGCUUUACUCCUAACCAGACUGAUACUUAUCUAGCGAUAGGAUGUGAUAACGGAUCCCUAGUUCUCCUUAAUAGGGCGUCAAACCAGAUUUCUGCGCCGUUCAGUGCGCCAAAGUGCGCUGGUCAACGGAUAACCUGUGUUAAGUACUGUCCCCGACGCGCUAGUUUCCUAGGGUCAGCUUGUGAGUCCGGGACGGUCAGCUUCUGGGACUGCAACGCGAACAAAAAUAUUUUCAACAUUAAUGAUCAUGUUGCUCCCUGCACAUCUUUCUCCUUCUCUCCCAUCAAUGAUAGUCUGGCUGUAUCCUGUGGUUUAGAUAAGAAAUUGAUAUGUCAUGACACGAAGUCGAAGAAGAGUGUGUUCAACCUGCUGAUGGACCACCCCUGCACCACAGUGGAUCUCGACACAAGUGGGUCAACCGUCGCCGUUGGGUCAACCAGGGGCAGGGUGCUCUUCUACGAUCUUAGGAAUAUGUCCCAGUGUGUGAAGAGCGUACAAGCGCACAAUGGUCGUGUUUCUUCACUCUCCUUUAUGCCACUACUUGACAAGAGCAAUGUUAAUCUUGUAAUGAGCGCGCACAAAUCUAUUUCUAAAUCUAAACACAGGACACAGAAGUCUGUUCCUGUUUUAAAAACUGUUAAAGAGGAGAGUAAAGAAAAUAUGAAACCUGAACUUGAUCAACAAUCACAGGUUGAGAGUUUAGAUGUUCAUAGUCCUGCAGAAUCAGAUUCCAGUGUAGUUACCACCAGGAGAGAUAGCAUAUCCUUCCUCUUCUCUCCUCUCCGAGAACCUGAAUCCAGUUUUACAGGGAGCACACCAAAUCCUACCAGCAGCAAAAGUUCGUCCCGACGAGUGAGCGAGGUUCGUCUGUCUACGGAGGGUAUAUUCUCUCCAAUACGAGACGAACAGAACAGUUUGAAUCUAAGCAGAAGAACAGUAUUUACCCCUGCUCUCUCUCCUCUCACCAGUAUACAGGAGGAAUCCUCCGUCCCACCCAUUCUCAGUAAUCGCGCUAUCGUAUCAGCAGCUGAGAUUGUUAAACCUAAACCCGUUGAAAAGCUAUGUCUUGACACUUUAACCGAGGUCGCAAGGUCACUGACCUGUUCUAGUUCACCCGUAUUUGAGUCCAUCUAUGAUACAGAGGGGUCGGAGCAGACAACAAGAAGUUCAGAACACGGAGGAAUACCUUUAGACAUUGAAUCAAGGCUUUCAAACCAAGAAUCUAGAAUUAAAUUACAAAAUCAAGAUGGCGGACAAGGUGAUCUCAACUCUGUUUUGGCGGCAUUUCCCGGUGUUUUUCUUGAUUCAGAGAUUAGUCCUCCUCUUCCUAAUAUUCAUCAUGGGAUUAGUUCAGCAUUCCAUUCCAUUAAUCCAGCGUUUCUUAGCACUCCUUAUACAGGUGAGCUGAAUCCAGAUUCUGUAUCUUCGAUCUCCAAACCUCGUCCUAGAGGGUCAGUAACCAACCCUGGAGUUAGCUCAGGAGCAGAUGGGUUUAAUAGAAGAUAUCUUGAGGAGGUUGUUAGUGAGGCCAUGCAGGACUGGUGUGGAGGAGUAGAACAGAGAAUACUUAACAUGCAUUAUAGUCUUAUCCGUAUACUUCAACAGCACCAGGAGGAUACCCGGGUCUACCUUGAGCAAAUGACCGGCUUGGAGGAACUUAAACGUGAGAACCAAAUGCUUAGACAACAAAAUGAAGAAUUAAAAAGAUUUUUCUAAUAUUAAGAUUUCAAAUUUUGGAUGUAAUGAAUAGCGAGAAGUAGCUGAACUACUUUGGCUCGGAAAGUGUUUAUGAAAAGUAAGUUUUACUUGGGAAACCUAGUUCAACUAAUUCUCGUGCUUCAUUAAUUUCGACCUCAGUUGAUAUUUUGUUUACAUUUCCUACAAAAGAAUUCGUUUAACAUUUACUAUUAAAACUGCAUUAUCUUAUGUUUAAAACUCUCAUUUAAUGUUUGAAAAUUCUCCAAUUUAAAAAAUCAAAAAGGAAAGUACAAGUGUUAAAAGUACUGCACUGACACAAAUGAUAACUCUUACCCUUACCAAGAUACGCUUAAAUUAUAUAUUUUAUACCUGUAAAUAAAGGGUUUAAAGAUACUUAAGUUGAUGCUGUACAAACUAAAUUUAGUUUUAGUUUUGGUCUCUUUAGCUACAAAUGCCAGUAAUGAUUUAGUUUUACAUGUAUUUUAUAUAAUUCAAAUAUAUCUAUUUAAGUA